AUGGUUUCGCUGGUGGCCUUGACCGCCUUUCGGUUCAUCCUGGAUGAGUUGAAAGUUGCGUACGAGCAGAUCAUCCUCUUCGGCCGCUCGGUGGGCUCCGGUCCAACGGUGUAUUUAGCCAGUAGGUUUCCAGUGGGCGGCUUGAUCUUGGUCGCAGCUUUUGCUUCAGUGCGGGAGGCGGCCAAGUCUUUGGUGGGACCUUUUGUUGCGAACGCUGGGGACUCAGCCGAAAAUGGAUGCUUCGGAAGAAAGCAGUGGAAAGGGGACUAG